UCACCAGCGAAAGAAAAAGGAGCACAGAAAGCGCAAUAAAUAACAAAAGUGGAAAUGGAAAUUGAUUCCAGCAGACAACUGGAGGGUAAACACCAAAAAAAUGGAGAUUCAGAGUCUACUGAAAUGAGCAGAAAAGAGGCGAUUGCAGUGGAUCUAAAGACGAAGAAGAUGAUUGGUGGUGGUCGUGAGUCUGGAGGACUCUACUAUCUUGGUCGUAGUCUUGUUAGUGCUGCUCUUCGUUCCGGUGUUUCUCCUCUUCAAUGGCAUUGCUGGCUUGUUCAUCCAUCUAUCAAUAAUUUGAAGUUGCUAGUUCCUUCAUUAGAGUCUUUGUCAACCCUAGAGUGUGAGACUUGUGAGUUAAGCAAGCAUCAUAGGAUUUCCUUCCACCCAAGAGUCAACAAACGAAUGUUUGUUCUUGUUGCAGUUGUUCAUUCAAAUAUUUGGGGUCCUGCUAGAGUUCAAAUUAUGUCUAGUUACAAAUAUUUUUUAAUUUUUGUAGAUGAUUUCUCUGGGAUGACAUGGAUCUCAAUCAGACAAAUGAUCUACUACAGGCUACUAUAACUUUGUUGGAACAAAUUUGCUGACCUGGAAAAGCAAGAAACAAAAUGUGGUAGCAAGGUCUAGUGCAGAGGCUGAGUAUAGAGCAAUGGCUCACACUGCAUAGGAGCUAUUGUGGUUAAAAACUUUGAUGAAGAAAAUGGGAUUCUUGAUUACUAAGCCGAUGAAGAUAUUCUGUGACAAUCAGGCAAGUCACACAUAUUGCUAGCAACCCAGUUUUUUUUCAUGAGCGAAAAAAACCUAUCAAGGUUGAUUGCCGUUUUAUUCGGGAUAAAGUGACAAGUAAGCAGAUAACAACUCUCAAGUGAAGUCGAAAGAUCAAUUGGCUGAUAUAUGUACCCAAGCUUUUGGUUGUAACUAGAAACGGAAAAUUUGUUCCAAGCUGCGGAUGGGUGAUAUCUAUGCUCCAGGAGGAGUGUUACAGAUUAAAUCAUUAUGUGGUUAUGCGUGUUGAAUGUAGUAUGGGGUAUCUUUGUCCUUUAUUAUGAACUUUAUGACAUUAUGUUUUACUAAUUUACUUAAAGGGAAUUUCUGUGAUAUUUUCUUCCUGUUAUUGUAAAUAAAGUUCAAGAGGUGUAUGUGGGCUCUCUCUUCUCUUUCAUCUUUUCUCUCUUUCUUUUCCUCUUCUUUUUGUCUCUCUAGUUUUCACUGUUCACAGCACUGUUCAUGGCACUGUUCACAAGAACCAUUAGUUUUUGAGGAAUGAGGAGAGGUAGGGCUUGGAACGUUUUCAAGGAUUCCAGAAAAAAAAACAAGAUGAAUUGAGAAAUCAUCACAAUGAUUCGCAUCCUGAAAAAGGGCAAUGAAUCAUACAAUAAAUCUAAACCAUCUCCAAUAUUCAUGUCCAAAAUUCUAGAAAUCAAAAUUGAGAUUAAUCAUCAAUUAUCUCAUAAUUUCACUCGUUAAAUGCUAAACUGUCACGUCACAAUUCCUUCUCUGAGUAUAAUAAGCUUAUUCCUGCAUAGCCUAGUGCCACACUUCAUUCACAAUUGAGCUGAAAUUAGAAGCACGGAACAUUGGACACAGACAUGAUCUUGGUAAAAGCAGUCAAGUAUCCAGAAAUCCUUCACAAGAUCAGAUUUCAAAAGAGGGCUUCAAGCCCUUGUAUUCAUGUCAAGUUGGGGCAGCUGGAAUAUCAGGUAGGGCAACACAAAAGCCUUGUGUUCUCUGUGUAUGUAUAUGUGUGCAUGUAAUUAUCACCAACAUGUGGCUAUAGAAAUGGGGGAGAGGAAAAUGGUAAGGCCGUGAUAAUAACAACAGUGAUCACUACAGAGAGGGACUCAAGAAUCACUUGCACAUUGAUAAACUAGAAUGCUAGAGGGAGUUGACAUGCGUUGCAUUAAUAAAAGCCCUAGCAUUUGUAGACAUUUUUUGACUCUAGAAAUGUUUGCAACCCCAAACACCGAAUAGACACUAAUUUUGAAUGGUAAAUCUUGAACCUCUUAUGAGCUCAGAAAUGUUUACCCAGUGUUAAAAAAUUCCUGCCCGCAUAAGGGCCAAGGCAGGGUGCCUAGGCGCCCUGCCUCCAAGCGGGAGACCAGGAGAUACCCAGUGCCCUUCGGCAAGAGGGAAUGUUGGGAGUGUGUAGUUCAUCAUAAUCACAUCUGAUGUAAUGUUGGGAGUCUGGAAUUGGACUUUUUCUUUUCUUUCUUUCUUUUUCGUUUUCUUUGUUUCACUUGGCUAUGAUGAACUGUUUAUAGUGGAAUUUUGAUUUUGGGAGAUAGGUACUGACCUAUCGGGCGUCUUUUUCUUCUUUUUUUAUUUUUUAUUUGACUUUUGGACUCUAAGAAAUUCAAUGGAAAGUUUAUAUAUAUAUAUAUAUAUAUCAGGGACUAUAUUUUCUAAGAUCGUUUUGAGGCAACCAAACCCCUCUAAACAACUCCCCUGGGGCCAAGACCCCUAAGUUUCCUAGAUGAGCCACCUAGUGAACUAGGUGGCCACCCAGGCAGCAGCCCGGCUCUGUAAUUUUCAACGUUGAGUUUACCUUCCCACAACAUUUUGAGUUCGCCAGACAAGUAAAUAGCAAAACCACCUAUUUUAUCCGCAUUUAAGUUUGUAUGAGCAAUAUACUGCAUAUCAUGAGACAUGAGGUUAAUAUAAAAUGUGAUACUUCAUAAAGAAAUGCCAAAACUAUGAAAACUGAAAGACAAAUACCGGUUUUCAACAUUAAGAUAUCAUCCUAAUUUAACCAACUCUUGGAAAAGCCUCAAUUAAAGAACAACUAAUAUUUACUGUACAUUAGCAUUCAAAGAUAUUUAGAAGUAAAAUUUUCAACAGAAGUGCAAAAAGUGGCUCAAUUAUCCCAUGACAUUUUCAACUUAGGAUGUCGUAAAUGAGACAUUCAUUCCAUCUUGCAUAAAAUUAAAUCAACAUUGCACUGAUAAAAAUUAACAGCCAUCAAAGUUGAA